AUGCGCCGCGUCCCCUGCGCAACGCUCUUCGGAGCAGACCCCAGCCUCGAUUCCCUCCAUCGCUUCGAAACCUCCUGGCUCCUCCCCCCGGCCGUCCUCGCUGGUCUGCGCGGCCUGAUCGCAUUGUACAUCUUCACCACCAUCAUCGUGAUCUGGGCCUGGGACGGCACCCACGGCGACCGCGUCGCAAUUGGCCAGUCCUUCAGCUACUUCACCUGGUUGACAUACUGGGGACUGGGCUUUUACCAGCUUUUCGCGGCAAUUCAUACAGCUUGUUAUGCGCGGACGGGCCGCUCAGUACUGCUCGAUCGUUGGCCCCGUGCUUUUCGCGUGCUCCAUGGCUUGUUGUAUACGACGAUCACUACCUUUCCGUUUCUGGUGACGAUCGUCUUUUGGGCGAUUCUGUUUAAGCCGCCGUUCUAUAAGGAGAUUUUUCCCGGUUGGUCCAAUAUCUCCCAACACGGCCUCAACUCCCUGUACGCCCUGCUGGAAAUUAUCCUCCCCGCCACGGCUCCCCACCCCUGGAUGGCUAUUCCGGUGCUCAUCCUGCUGCUGGCGCUUUACCUGUGUGUCGCGUACAUCACCUUCCACACGGAGGGCUUCUACACUUAUUCCUUCCUCGACCCCGGCGCCCAUGGGGAAAAGAGCGGUACCGUCGCGGGAUACUGCUUCGGAAUUCUCGCUGCUUCAGUGGUCAUCUUUUUGAUUUCUUGGUCGCUGAUCCGUCUGCGUGUCUACUUGACCGGUGGGAGGAUUAAGCGUGCCGCACGGGAUCCGUUGUAUGGUCGGGAUGGACAUGCGGGCUCGGGAGUUCUGCGCGACUCGUCGAUGGAGGUGAAGGUGUAG